UAUUUAUUCUUCCAAACACAAGCUACCUAGCUUCUUAGAGAUCAAGAACAUACACACUCUUUCUUCGAUAAGAGCUCCGCGACUAAUCGGUUUAGAGUAGAGGAUCAUCUGAGGUGCUGUUGCUGCUCUGGUGGUGAUCAUAUGGACUCCUUGGAAUCAUGCGUGCCCCCUGGCUUCAGGUUCCACCCCACCGACGAGGAGCUCGUCGGUUACUACCUCAGGAAGAAGGUGGCCUCCCAGAAGAUCGACCUCGACGUCAUACGCGACAUCGAUCUCUACCGCAUCGAGCCGUGGGAUCUCCAAGAGCAUUGCGGGAUCGGGUACGAGGAGCAGAACGAGUGGUACUUCUUCAGCUACAAGGACCGCAAGUAUCCGACGGGGACACGGACCAACAGGGCGACCAUGGCCGGGUUCUGGAAGGCGACAGGGAGGGACAAGGCAGUGCUCGACAAGAGCCGGCUCAUCGGCAUGAGGAAGACGCUCGUCUUCUACAAGGGCCGGGCGCCCAACGGGCAGAAGACCGACUGGAUCAUGCACGAGUACCGGCUCGAGACUGACGAGAAUGCGCCGCCGCAGGAAGAAGGCUGGGUGGUGUGCCGGGCGUUCAAGAAGAGAACAGCAUACCCGGCACGGAGCAUGGCGCUGACAUGGGACUCCAGCUACUCCUACCGCGAGCCCAACGUUAUAGCACAGGAGGCGGCGUUUGUGGAUCCCAACGCGGCGUACGCACAGAUCAGGCGGCCGUCGAAGAGCGCGCGCUUCAAGCAAGAGGCCGAGCUGGACGGCGCCGCCGCGUUCCUGCAGUACUCCAGCCACUUGGUCGAGCUCCCGCAGCUCGAGAGCCCGUCGGCGCCGCUCGCGCUGAAUGCGAGCCAAGCGUCAGCCGAAGAGGAAGACGACGACGCCGGUGGCAGGCGGGGCAAGAAGGCGCGGGCCGACGAGGUGGCCACGGACUGGAGGGAGCUCGACAAGUUCGUCGCGUCACAGCUCAGCACCGCGGAGUGCGGCGGCUUGGAGGCGACGGCCGCCACCGGCGUGGGCUCGCAGCUGGACCACGGUGAGGAUGAGAUGGCGGCAUUGCUGUUCCUCAACAGCGACGGAAGGGAGGAGGCGGAGAGGUGGACAGGGUUGCUCGGCCCGGCCGGCGGGGACGGCGACCUCGGAAUCUGUGUGUUGGAGCAAUGAAUGGCUGCGCGCCGUGCGCAUGCACGGUGUGGCGCGUAUGCAUGCAAUGGGAUGGUGCGUGGCACAUUAUAUGGUUAUAGUUGAAAGUUCCUUUUCUCUUUUUUCUUCUACUCCCUUUGUAUGUUUCUCAAAUGUGAUUGAAACUCUUUAUCUGUCUCUGUGCAGAGUCAUAAGAUGCAUUGU